AUGUUGGCAGAAAGGAAAGCACGACCUCAGCCUAUUGUCUCGGAGAUCCCUCCUUACAAGCCCAACGCUUCAAAGGUCGCCGGUAUUGUUCCCAAUAGAGAGCAUCGCGAUGCCAAUGCCCCCGCUUCGCCCCAACCUCAACAAAACUCUAGACAUCAAUACCCACCACAUCAACUUCCCGAGGUCUCUCAGAAGCAUGCCAACACAUACACACAGCAACAACAAUCUCAACAACAACCAUCACAGCAGAAAGCGUCUUCGAAUCACACAAGACGGGGUUCUGUCGAUCGAGGAACUAAAGAGUCUCUCAAGACAAGAUCGUUGACGCCAAAAGCUGCCUUUGAACAUGUCGGACCCUACCUUCUCGGCAAAACCCUUGGCAAGGGUUCAUCAGGAUGCGUCAAGUUGGCUCGUCAUCGCAAGACGAAUGAGAAGGUUGCCGUCAAGAUCAUCUCCAAGGCUUCGCUGGCUAACAAGGCUGCUGUUCACCGAGGUAUCGAACGCGAGAUCGCUAUCAUGAAGCUCAUCAACCAUCCGCAUGUUAUUCGUCUCUAUGACGUCUAUGAGACAGAGAAAGAGCUUUUCCUGGUGAUGGAAUUCGUCGCUGGCGGCGAACUGUUUGAGUACCUGGUCAACAAAGGCAGGCUCGACGAGUCCGAGGCCCUACGCUUCUUCCAGCAGAUCAUCGUCGGCCUCGCCUUUUGCCACAAACGCAAAAUUUGCCAUCGUGACUUGAAACCCGAGAACCUCCUGCUGGACGACCGCAUGAAUGUCAAGAUUGCAGACUUCGGCAUGGCGUCGCUUCAAAAGACAGGACGACUAUUGGAGACAAGUUGUGGGUCACCUCACUACGCCAGUCCUGAGGUUGUUACUGGCUUGAAAUACGAUGGAUCUUCAUCCGAUAUCUGGUCCUGUGGAAUUAUCCUGUAUGCCCUGCUGACGGGUCAUUUGCCCUUUGACGACGAAAACAUUCGUCAGCUGCUGAGUAAGGUCAAGGCUGGAAAGUUCUACAUGCCAACGGACAUUUCCCCGGGCGCACGCGAUCUCAUCAAUCGCAUGCUUACCGUCAAUCCCAAACGCAGAAUCACGAUGCAUGGGGUGAUGAUGCACCCUUGGUUCAGGAUGGUCAACCCAGACCGCAACACCUUGGGAGAACCAGCAGAGGAUCCCGAGGGUUGUCGUUCACUGUUGGCAGAGGAGCUGGAUGCAGAGAUUAUUCUCCACAUGCGUUGGUUGUUCGCUCCUGGACCAUCUCACUCCGAUCCCGAGGCCAAGGAAGUCUUUGAUGAGGAGGCGUUACUGCGGGAGAUUGAGGAAAAGAUGACCAACAACGAGGAAAACAUGGAGAAGCUGUUCUAUCACCUUCUCUGUCAACACAAGACGGAACUUCUGGAGAACUACGCCGGCGAGGAUAAUGAUUCUGUGCUUGAUGGACCCCGACGGAGGGCGGACUCUUUCCCCAACUCGUCGUUUGCUUCGAGGUCUCAUACACCGGAUCUGAGCCGUGCUUCGCGUUCGCCGCGGGACUCGCCUUUGACAUCGCCCGUGUCGCCGCUUACGCCCAUGUCCAAGAUUUCGUCUGCAGAGCCGGCGCCUUUUACGUUGAACCCGUUGGAGGCUGCGGUCGCUCGCGCAGCCAGUGCUGCCAAGAUUGCAGCUCGUACUCCUACACCCCCUUGUUCUCUGGUUAGCAAUGCUCUACUUGUUGAUGCUUCCGUGACCAAGGAGAAGCACCCUUCGUCUGCCCGCGGCGCUGACGAGCCCAAGAAGGACAAAGCUAUGGCGCCAGAGUCGACUUCUCAACCAGCUCAGGAGAUUCCCCCACCUCAACCCGAAAAGAUCACCGCUAGCAAUAGUGGGAGCAGCAAAGGAACAACCUCUGAGAAGCCAAAGGAACACCAGGCACAGGCCGAACAUCCCGUGGUCAUUGCGCCCAAACCCGUAUCUCCCAUCGCCCAGCGCAGUCUUAUCGUUAACCCUGGCUUUGAACCCAUGGCUGCUCCCACCGCACAAGUCGAGGAGGCGCCAAAGCCGCCAUCGAAAAAGCCAGACGCCGUCGUCAUCGAUAUUCUCUCUGAGACUGCUGUCGAGCAGCGACCUACAAUUUCUGGAUCAUCAGUGACACCUUCGAUCGAGAGCCAGGUCUUGUCGACUCAGAUCUCAGAAGCCAUCCGCGAUUCCUCCAUGAUGACUCCUCCACUCCCUCCUCCUACAAGUCAACUUCAACCCCCUCAGCCUCCUACUGCACGACGCGCGUCACCUGUGGAUUCGAGCGCCCGGAUCUUGAACCAAACCACGACCACCUUGUCGACUGAAGUCUCGGCCAAGGCGCCGAGCUCCAAACCUCAGAGACCGAUCUUGCACCCCCUGGAUGUGAAGGCCUCUGCCGGAACCACCACCAUGAACGUCUCUGUCUCCCAGCACUCUCGUAAAUAUUCGGAAGCAUCGCCUAGCCCAGGUUCGACGACUCCAUUGUCGCCCUCAGGACCGAAACGACCCUGGUUUGCACGUCUCUUUGAUUUCAAGCCUCAGCCUUUGACCUUCCGAAGUAACUGGUCUGCGGCCGAAACUCAGGAGCGUCUCGAGGUGAUCAUGAAGGAUCUUUUCCAGUCCAGUAUUCAGAUCGAGUCCUAUAAGAGGCCGUCGUUUGGUGUCAAGUGCCGCUAUGAAGGUGGAUUGAUUGACGAUCAUCCGGUGAAGGCGGUCAAGUUCAAGAUUGAGAUUGCCGAGAAGGCGGGCUACCUCGCUUCAAGCUCAAGCACCGUCAGCAACACCAGCACAUUCAGCAGCGUUAGCAACGCCAGUCAUACCUCCACCUCCACCUCCCACAUCAUGUCCUCCUCUGCCGUUGCCGCCAUCCUCGCCACCGUCGACCAUCACCGUCACGGGCAUUAUCAUGGUAGCCCUUCUAUAACCUCGACAGCAUCGGGCCCCACGAGCGCAGGCGCUACUUCUUCUACCAUCGCGUCAUCGGUUGCCGUCCCAGAUGUCGUCGUAGCCGCACGGCGCGCUAGUGAUGGAGGGUCCAUCCUUUCCAGCGCCGCGGCCGCUGUCUCCACCAGUCUCGCUGCUGCCCGGAACCCCUUCUCCAGCAAUAACCAUCAUCACCAAUAUCAUCAUCAUCUGCACCACACAGGAGGCGCUUACCCACCCCUUCCACACCCUUCGACACUCCCGCGCCGGAUGGUGAAGGUGACGCUGCACCAGCAGCAAGGUGCCAAUUCGACGCUCAGGGCGAUCUAUGAGAAACUUCAAGUUGUUUGGGAGCAGCAGACGCUUGCGUAUGAGCAACAGCAGGCUGCUGCUGCUGUGACGAGUUGUUCUACAAUCUCGACGACGAGCGGUGUGAGUGGUGUGAGUGGUAGAGGAGGAGAUUUCAGGGCGAUUGCGCCGCCAAUGCCUAUUAUGCAGAAGGCGCCCAGGGGGCCUGCGAUGUAG